CCAAACUCCGGCAACCACACCGCCGGCAAGUGUCGAUUUUUAUUGGUCCAAGUAGCCGCGCAGCAUGUUAAUUGACAACAACGAACUUUGCUGGCGAAUGAUAAAAUAAAAGUUCGGCGAUCGAACGGCCUGUGAGGAUCCGGUAACCGUACACCACCGACAGCAGACGAGGCAAGCGUCCACGGCCACCGUUGACAUCCGCAAGGAGCCCAAUUGGAGAAUCGAAUGUUGCGCAACCCGCUGCUGCCCCGCAUGUUCUUGACCAUCGAAUUCCAAACAAAUCAGCCAACAGCAACCACCGGACACGGGCACAGGCACCUUGACGGCGAAAGUAAAAGCGACGACAUCACGCCAUCCGCUUACAUCUGAUAAUCAAAUUUAGUGCGAUGAAAAAGCGCUCCAGUUCACGUGGCAGCCCCCCGACCUCGGCAGAUUCGGCGGCUGAUGGUGACCAUCCCGCCUACAAGUCGGGGGCGGCCAGUGCCCCGGCCACACCCACAAAGAGGAGAGAUGCCAGCGACGGGAGUGGAAGCAGUGCCGGAGCGCGAAGAAAGCGCAAGGACGAGAUCGCCCAGACGUUUGUAAUCGUAAACGAGCGCCCGGUGGAUGACAUAUCGCUGGAUUUCUUCUACAAACCGCACACCAUCACCUUGCUGGCGGUAUCAGUUCUCGCGGUCAUGUACUUUGCCUUUGUCAGGAACGAGGCGAACGUCGAUGAGAAUCUCUGGGCCGGCCUUCUCUGCAUUGUGUUCUUCUUUCUGAUCGUUUCCGUGAUAGCUUUUCCCAAUGGACCGUUUACUCGCCCCCAUCCCGCCGUUUGGAGGAUUCUGUUUGGAUGUUCGGUGUUGUACUUGCUCACGUUACAAUUUCUAAUGUUCCAAAACUAUCCAACCAUAAGGAGUAUAUUCUACUGGAUCGAUCCAAAGUUGAAAAACUUUCACAUAGAUAUGGAAAAGGAAUAUGGCGUUAAUUGCUCGGACAUCAGCUGGGACCGGGUCAAAGGACACUUGGAUGUCUUUGCCUGGGGCCAUUUCCUUGGAUGGGCCUUCAAGGCCAUCCUUAUCCGUCACAUGGGCAUUCUGUGGGCCAUUUCGGUCAUGUGGGAGAUUACCGAGAUCACAUUCGCCCAUCUACUGCCCAACUUCAUCGAGUGCUGGUGGGAUGCCCUCAUUCUUGAUGUGAUUAUCUGCAACGGCCUCGGAAUCUGGAUGGGCCUGAAAAUCUGCCAGAUGCUCGAGAUGCGCGAGUACAAGUGGGCCAGCAUCAAGGACAUAUCCACCACAACCGGCAAAAUCAAGCGCGCCAUGCUACAGUUCACGCCCGAGAGCUGGUCCGCCAUCCGAUGGCUGGAUCCCAAGUCCACUGCGAUGCGAUUCGCAGCAGUCAUACAGCUGGUUAUCUUCUGGCAGGUCACCGAGCUGAAUACGUUCUUCUUGAAGCAUAUUUUCGAGAUGCCGCCAGAUCACUUUAUUGUGAUUGGACGCCUCAUAUUCAUUGGACUGUUUGUUGCGCCCUCAGUUAGGCAAUACUACGUAUAUGUCACUGAUACGCGCUGCAAGAGAGUCGGCACCCAGUGUUGGGUUUACGGCGCCAUCAUGGUCUCCGAGGCCAUUCUGUGCAUCAAGAAUGGCAAGGAGUUGUUUGAGCGCACGCAAGCCAUCAACAUUGUCCUGUGGCUGACGAUCCAAGUGCUAAUUUCGGUGGCAUUUGUGUACCUGGCUGUUUGGUGGCAGCAACGGCAGCUUAAAAAGGAUUCAUCGACUCAAACAAACAGUAAAGGAGGUUCUCCUGCCAUCUCAUCCUCGCCAUCUAAAGGUAAAUUGUCGCCGCAAAAAGACAAGAAACUUAAGUGAGAGCUAGUUAAAAGUAAUUUUGAAUAAAAAAUAUAUGAAAACUACAGAAACAAAGUGGAUCUGGCCAUUCUACAAAAGUGAAAAACCAAAACAUGAAGAUUAUGUACAUACACUUAAAGAAAACUGUACUGAUUAAAUUAAAUACAA